GCGCGGGGGGGUGAGAUGGCGGGUUUCGGGGGCGGGCGACUGCCUGCUAUGGGGCCGGCGGCGUUGCUGCUGUUCGCGCUGUGCACAGUGGGCACCCGGGGGCUCUACUUCCAUAUCGGCGAGACCGAGAAACGCUGCUUCAUCGAGGAAAUCCCCGACGAGACCAUGGUCAUCGGCAACUAUCGCACCCAGAUGUGGGAUAAGCAGAAGGAGGUCUUCCUACCCUCGACCCCUGGCCUGGGCAUGCACGUAGAAGUGAAGGACCCCGACGGCAAGGUGGUGCUGUCCCGGCAGUACGGCUCUGAGGGCCGUUUCACGUUCACUUCCCACACUCCCGGUGACCAUCAGAUCUGUCUGCACUCCAACUCAACCAGGAUGGCUCUCUUCGCCGGUGGCAAACUGCGAGUGCACUUGAAUAUCCAGGUCGGAGAGCACGCCAACAACUAUCCUGAGAUCGCUGCUAAGGAUAAGCUAACGGAGUUGCAGCUCCGUGCCCGCCAGCUGCUCGAUCAGGUGGAGCAGAUCCAGAAGGAGCAGGACUACCAGCGGUAUCGUGAAGAGCGCUUCCGUCUGACCAGCGAGAGCACCAACCAGAGGGUACUGUGGUGGUCGAUUGCUCAGACCGUCAUCCUCAUCCUCACUGGCAUCUGGCAGAUGCGUCACCUCAAGAGCUUCUUUGAGGCCAAGAAGCUGGUAUAGAGCCCUCUCCAUAUGACCCGUCCUUUUCACCUCAAUUAUUUGGUACUUUCCCCACCCUAUCCCUUAUCCACCUGGAUUUUGAGGGGAAAAAAAAAAAAAUAUGUCACAUUGGUUCCAUGGCAGCAAACCA